GCUCUGAUUUCCACACGGACCACUUUAAGGGAGGGACUGAUUAUUUGACAUUGCUGUAAAGGGGGAGGGACAAAAACAAACAGUUACAAAACGUGUUAGAAAGUAUCAAUCCCUGAUUCUUGCUUUAUAGUUACAAUAAUACUCUAUUAUUGUGACUUUAGCGGAAUCAUGUAUCGGCGACCGCUGCAGUCCGCCGUCAGACAGUUAUUAAACGCUUCAGCAUCGAGAGCUGUCCUCGGAAAGGCCAUUGAACAAGAUGUGUGUCAGUCCAGGGCUUUGGUGGCUUGCCGGAUAACAGCGGAUGCUUGCGUCUCGCAAUGUCGAGCUCUUCACAGCACAAGUGAGCUGCGUACUGUUAAAGAGACCCCACAGACUACAGAUGAAGAGGUGGGGGCCUUCACCAAACUGAUUGAGGCCAUGGGCUUCACUGGACCCCUCAAAUACAACAAAUGGAAAAUUAAGAUAGCUGCCUUGCGAAUGUACACAUGCUGUGUAGAAAGAAUCAACUACGACGAAUUUUUUGAAAAGUGCUCUCUCCCCGACACGCUCAACUCCUGGUUCUUGGUGGCACAGCUCCACGUUUGGAUGUGUCUGGUCCGGAUGCGGCAGGAAGGCAGAGCUGGGAAGUACAUGUGCCGUUACAUCGUCCACUCCAUGUGGGAGGAUGUGGAGCAGAGGAGCAAGAUUAUGGGCAUUGAUGCCAUUCAGAGAAAGGAGAGCAUGAAGGUGAUGACGGAGACAUUCUACGCUGCACUUUUUGGUUAUGACGAGGGAAUUCUGUCAGACGAUUGCGUUCUUGCGGCGGCGCUCUGGAGGAACAUGUUUAACAGACAGUGUGAAGACCCCAGACAGCUCGAGAUGAUGGUUGAAUAUGUUCGCAAACAGAUGCAGUUCAUUGAUGCUCUGGAUGGGGAGGACCUGCUUUUAACAGGAGAAGUCAAAUGGCGCCCCCUGGUGGAGGAGAAUGCCCAGAGCAUCCUGAAGGUUCCCACCCCCACCUACAAUGAUGCUGGUCUCUAAGAGCUGCCAAUCAGGACACCAUCUGCCAAUCAGGAAGCAGUGCUCACCUGAUUAGUCACACCCUCUUUAUGUCGGAGUCUUUCUCUCCCUCUUCUUCCCUGACUUUUCCUUUCACCUUCCCCACUGGUUAGUCAGUUUCCCACGUCAACACAGUGUUGAGAACACAACAAACAAAUGCGCACACGCACACACACACACACACACACAUUUGUUCUCACGUGUAUUGAGAGUAUUAAGGACUCAUCAGAAUGGUUUUGACCUCUCCUUUUCUAAAUCUAUAGAGUAUUCUUGUAUUUAUAUAUGUCUUUCCAUACGGCUGCAAUGUUGCAAUAUUUAUAGGAAUAUUUCCUGGCUCUUUCACUGUAUCUUUCCUCAGUGUUUACGGCGCGAAUAGUUUUUUUUUUUUUAUUAUUAUUUUACUCUCAAUGUGUUGGAGGAAAAUGUUUUGAGUGUGUGUGAAUGUGAGUGUAUUUUUUAUUUGUCAGGGUCGUCCACCAAUAAAAGCGCUUCUCGAGUAAUGACCUCUUCUGACCUCA